GUAACCACCUUGCGAAGUUCAUCGAUCGUUGGAGCAACACAAGAUCAUAGCUCAUUGAGUAGACAUAGUUUCAAAAUUUCCUCCGAAAUUGGCCAAACAGUUCAACAAUUUUAAUUCACAACGUUACAACGUAGUCAUUAAAUUUUGUUGUUUGCGAUUGAUAGUUGAACAGUUCAUAAAAACAGUUUUUCCAAAAAAAUUAUUUGGUAUAUCUCUAACGUUAAACUCAUUUUCAUAUAACAUUUGACCAAAAUGCUGCGAAAGAUAUGUAUUCACGGUAUUGUCUACUCGUUCUUCCUACUUACAAUUUCUGCACAAGAAAAUAAGCUACUCGACAAUCUUGAAAGCGAAGUGGAAAUCAUUACUGGGAAAGAGCCAACGGGAAAAAUGUUGAUGCCAUUUCAUCACAGACCCUACGCAUACCCACUGAUUGUUCAGCCAGUGAACCCACUACCAAUAUACAGAGCAUCAGCGAACCUAGUCGGUGACAAUGCUGAAAGCGGUCCAAAUGGUAUUAUAAUUUUCAGACAAUGGAGUUCGUCUGAUCCCGUGAUGGUCACUAUAAACGCAACCGGAUUUACCGUCGGAAAACAUGCUGUUCACAUACACGCUUAUGGUGAUCUGAAAGAAGGAUGUAAAUCAACCGGACCGCAUGUUCGCAAUAUAUUGAUAGGUAACGUUGAAGUGAAAGAGGGAGGCAAAUUGGAAAUCACAUUCCACAGUCCGUAUCUAACGCUUUUCGGACCGAAAGGGAUUGUUGGCCGUUCGAUUGUGAUUCAUGAAAAGCCGAUCGAAUUUAAUCGGUUUCCAGAUAUUUAUGGCAUUCCUAUUACACCGACCGUUAACGGGGCACCGUUUCAAGCUGAGGAACAAAGUGUUGGAGCGGUAUUGGCAUGUGGAAUUAUAACAAUUACAGAUAAUUCACAUCCGUAAAUUAGAUGCUGGUGUAGAGGUAACUUUGUAAUCUUGAUUUGUUUAGAAGAAAUAAAUUUUUUGGUAAAAUUUGUAA